AUGGCUGUGGUGGUGCCUUUGCUGAAGCGACGGAAGCCUUCGACUUCGCUCUCCUCCUACAGGCCAGUCUCCCUUACCUUUGCAGCAUGCAAGGUGAUUGAGAAGAUGGCUCUAUCACGGCUCGAAUGGAUAGCUGCCCAGCUGAAGUACUUUGCAGAAAAGCAAUCUGGCUUCAGGCACAAGCGCUCAACGGCGGACUCCAUCGCAGAUGUGGUGACCACCUUGGAGGAUGCCAGGGGCAGUGGGGACGUCGCCAUGCUGCUGCUCCUGGACGUCCAGAGUGCCUUUGACCGGCUGCCGCACGAGGUGAUCGAGGCUGCACUGGACUGCAUGCUUAGGCGUCACGGGAUGUCUCCGGGGCUUCAUUUCUGCCUUCCUGGUCGGCCGGAGCUUUCGUGUGCGGGCAGGCAAGAGGUCAUCUCCUUCCUCAGUGGCAUUGGCCUCUCCGUACCCCCGCCAAAGACAGAAGCACUACUUGUACACCCGCUGGCAUCCGCACGCCAAUACGUGAAACAUCUGCGCAUUGCAAACACCACCGUCCCAUGGAAGCGGGAGGUCACCUGUUUGGGCCUAACCAUUGAUCAUCGGCUCUCCUGGAUUCCUGCUGCCAAGGCUGUCACCUACAAAGUCCGAAGAGUCCAGGGGGCAGUGAGCAAGAUGCAGCAGCGUGGCCGGGGCUGCACCGUUAAGUGGGCGCUGCGGAUGAACCAAGCUGCGGCCACAUUCAUCCUGCUAUAUGCCCUGCCGCUGGUUCUACUAUCUCCAGCCAGGAAGCAACAGCUCGAGAGACUGCACAGGAGUUCAGUAAGGAGCACCCUCGGUCUCCCCAAGCACUCCCGAAUUGCUGCCACACUGGCUGAGGCUGACGAAUGGCCAUUGUCGUUGCACAUGCUCCAGCGUGCCCUUGGGCACAUUGACCGUCUGCACCAUGCUCCAGAUGGUGGGGCUUUGCUCUGCCGACUGCGGAGCCAGCCGCUAUCUCACAGGGGGGGCCUCUGUCAGCUCUACGAGGAGCUGAUUGUGCAGCGACCAGUGCCCAUGGUCACAUCUCCGCCACACGAGCAACCUCCAGAGGUGCACCUGUUCCUGAAUGGAGCAUCAAAGCGCCGGACGCCAGCAGCAGCACUACAACAGGCCGCUACUGGCAAACUCCUGGAAGAGCUGGACGACAGGCUGCUCGUGUUCACGGAUGGCUCCGUGCUCUCCAAUGGUUCCGCAGCGGCGGCCUGCACUAUCCCAUCUGAGGGCAGGAGCAAGCAGUGCCGACUUCCUUUCCGCGCGAGCUCUACAGCAGCUGAGCUGGCGGGACUCCUCCUGGCUGAGGACCUCCCGACAAAACCAGUGGCGGUGCUAAGUGACUCGCGACCGGCUCUCCAGGCACUCUCCGAUCACCAUCGGCACGGAGUCACUGAGACCCUUCUGAGAGCAAAAAUCUCGGCCCUCUCUGCAGUGGGGGUAGCCAUCUCCUUCCACUGGCUGCCUUCUCACGUAGGGAUCGCCGGAAACGAGGAGGUGGAUGUCCUUGCUAAGGCCGCCCACAACCCUACCUUUCCACUCACCAGAGCAGUCGCAGCAUCGGACUUCUCCAGGCAGCGACUAAAACAGCUGCUUACUUCCAGCCAUCCGGAUAACAGGGGCGUCAGUCUCCUGGUUGCCCUGGACGCCGACUUGAGAGGGGAGCCACUGCAGCGAUAG